AGAUGUGCGUAUUGUAGGCGCACACGAUAAUGUUGGCCGGCGUAUUCUCGCGGUCGCGAUCCCAUGAUCUCUGUACCGGAAGGGGUCCAUUAGUCGGGCAAUGAUAAUGCCAACGGACACCCGGUCACCAGUGACCGAGCAGAGAGCUCGGCUCUACAAAUUGUAACGCUUUCGCGUCUUGGCCAGAAGACUGUCUUAGCGAUAGCCUCGCUAUCAGUGUCGUCGAUUCCGCUAAGGCUUUAUUGUGAAUCAUUAGAAAUCACUUCGAAAUCCACCUGGACCACGUCGAUUCACGCCUUGUACUUCCGGAUUCGAGGGAAUUGCGUAUCGGACGCGCGUCGCCACCGCGGAUACGUUUCUUCCGGGAAAAUUACCGGGAGGCUGAUUCCACGCUAACGAGUCACUGAUGCCGCUCCUGUCAAUAACUGUCUGCAGAACGACGAUAACAUCGUGACGCAACUACCGAGCGCGAUUCUCGCGGCGCAAUUGCGCCGGAUGGACAGCGGUGCGAAUAUUACUGCCAAAUGGGGAAGCAGUGAGUGAUUACGUCGUGGGUGGUGGCGGGAAGCUCCGUGGCGAAUUUGUUGAUCGGGUUUGCGGCUGCGUAGGUGGAGCGUGUGGACUGUGGUGAAAGGUGUUUAUCGGGAAAAUAAAUCAUUCACGCACGCUAGUGGUAUCGCGAGCUACUCCCGUAGUAGUGUCACAUUCGUCGCACAAUAUCGGCGUUACUUGGCCGAUUGUGUCCCGAGACUCCCUCAGAUAUCAUCAUCGGGAGAGUGAUAACGAUACUCGCGCGCGAUGUGAGAAUUGACCCACUUCCGACUUGCAGUGCGCUGAAGCGCGUUCGCUUUAGGAGCCGACGAGUUUUCCUCGUGGACAUCUGCGAACUUUGUUAAUCGCUUGAGUGUAUUUGUUACGUAACAAGGAUGCGAGAGUGUUCGAGAAGACGUCGGUGUGGCGCGCCUGCGGUCGAUUAGCUAAUCGAUUGACUAUUACGCAGUGACAUCAAAAGCGAUGACUAGUGAUCACGCGAGUACGCAUCGUCACUUUAUUUUGCGUCUUCCAUUGAGUAUAUUACGAGCUAGAAGAAGACACGGUAUCCGCCGCAUGGCUCGACUCGGUGUACUAGUACACCGUGGCAGAGCGAACAAUGGAUAUGAGAAGAGCAGAGGCUAAGUAGCAGGCUGCAGGUACAGAAACGGAGACGGCGCGAGGGGAAGAUUGGAAAGAGGCGUGCGGCCGACAGAAAGCAAGAGUGAACGCCAGGGGGAUAGACACGGAGGGCGAAAGCAAGGCACGGGAGGUUCGGCCAUUGUGACAAAGUCGCGGGGGUGAAGCGUGGAGUCGCACGAAAAAUGAGGGAGCAAGCCUUGUCGGAUGUGUGGCGGCUGGUGUGGUUGCUCUGCCUCAUUCUGGCGACGAGCUUAGCGCAAACGUCGAGCGUCUGUCCGUCCCACAGCGAGAUCGCGCCCUGUUACUGCAGCGUCAAGAAAUCCGGCCUGGACAUUGUGUGCGAGAUCACUGACCUGCAACACAUCUCCAAGGCCAUGGCCGUGCUUAAGGGAAGGCCGAGCCUCGUGAUAUUCUAUCUUAGGCUCAGGCAUAACAACCUGCCCAAGUUGCAGGGAUACGUGUUUCUCGGGCUCGACAUACGCCACCUCACCAUUCACAACAGUAGCCUCGCGGUGCUCGAAGAAUCUUCCCUUAGUUCUAUCGGAACGGGAUUGACACAGCUGGAUCUCUCCCAAAAUUCACUGAGUAUCGUUCCAUCCGUCGCGUUACGAGACCUCCACCAUCUCCUGAUUUUGAAUUUAAACCGUAAUAAAAUCACAGCCCUCCACAAUAGUGCUUUCGAAGGUCUCGACACACUCGAAAUCCUCACCCUUUAUGAGAACAAGAUCACCGGUAUAGAACCAGAUGCAUUCAAAGGACUCGAUAACCGGAGACUCAAAAGACUUAACUUAGGCGGAAACGAACUCACGAGGAUCCCAACUCAAGCUUUAUCUUCGUUAGAAUUGUUGAAGAAAUUAGAAAUGCAAGAGAAUCGCAUAUCGACCAUAAAAGAAGGAGAUUUCGAAGGAUUGAAAGCGCUCGAUUCAUUAGGAUUGGCGCACAAUCACCUUCGUGAGGUCCCGGCGCGUGUAUUCUCUCACUUGACGCAAUUAAAUUCUUUGGAACUCGACGGAAAUCAGAUUACCCACGUGGAUGCCAAUGCGUUCAUCGGUCUUGAGGAAAAUCUACAAUAUUUACGACUGGGAGAUAAUAAUUUGCAUUCGGUACCGAGCGACGCUCUGCGACGUUUGCAUCGCUUACGUCAUCUUGAUUUGCGGUCAAAUAACAUCACUGUACUUCCGGAGGACGCUUUCACGGGCUACGGAGAUUCCAUCACUUUCCUUAAUCUGCAGAAAAAUAUGAUUAAAAUACUCCCGCCUCUGGUAUUCGAAAAUCUCAAUUCGCUAGAAACUCUAAAUUUGCAAAACAACAGGCUCACACAUAUCUCAGAAGAAGUUACGGAGAACAUCGUUGAUACUCUACGUCACAUUGAUAUAACAGAUAACCCUUUGAUUUGCGACUGCGAGCUACGAUGGUACGCCGCGUGGCUCGGAAAUUUGCGCGACAAGGACGACGAGAUGAUGUCGAAGAAGCGGUCAGUCUGUACGAUGGUUGCGGAACAUCGUGAAUAUUCCGUGCAGAACAUCCCCCUCGACAGGAUGGGCUGCGCGGGCAAGAACGCCGGGAAAUUCUCGUCGUCGUCUACUGGGUGUAGAAUGUACGUCGACGCGACACUACCGCUGGUAGUUCUUACUGCUGUUCUCGUGUAAAUCUCGCAAGGAUGCGCGGUAUCGUGAUAACAGACGGGCUCGACUUUUCGUUUCGACGACUAAGAAUCGUACUUGCCAUUUUCAGCCGUUACUGAACUCGAGACAAUUGCUGUAGGUCAUUAUAAAUCUUCGAUUUCGUUACUCGAUUCUAAAGACGAAGGAAGUGUUUCUCGCUUUUCGAGGUAAUCGUGACGCGAUAGCGGAGACGCGUCACGAUUCCACGAUGGCUAUCCUUUUGCAGAAUUUGUGAAACGCCACUUUAUCACGUACCAUCGCGAUAAUUUAGCACGGUUCAUGGUAGACGCGGCCUGUUACGGAAACGGCGCAAGGGAGUUGCGACACGAAAAAUCGGCGCGUUAUCACGAUGCCCGUUUGUCACGAUCGGCUGUGUCAUAACAAGAUUUGAAUACUGGCUGACGAAAGGAACCUCAAGCAUCUAGCAUUAUUCGAACGGAUUGCUACGAUCGAAGCGACUGGUAGGAAUGAUUGAUUCCUUUGCCCCUUGGGAGGCUGCUUUUCUUAUUUCCCAGAAGGCACGCGAGGACAUAUGUCUGUUUCGCGUGCGGAAAGGUACAUUACAUGCGUAUAGCGAUGGCUGCUUUUCUGUGCAGACACGUGUUCAUGCGAUGCGAUCCCGCGUGGACAAUCAUAUAGCGUUUGGCAAAUCGCGACAAUCGAUCGUUUAAAAAUUGAAUAUUCUUUCAAUUCUCCCGGACACUCGCCGGACGUUUCCGCGAUCUUUUCUUUCCCGGUCGAAUCGUCGGAAAUAGUCCUUGUCGAACACUUGGUUCGAUCGAGUCUUCAGUAUGAAAAUCCAUUUAUUGCCCGCGAGAAACUAUUUGGAUUUCAAUCGAAUCGACACACAUCUGAAUUCCUUUUCGGUGCCAUUUAUGAAUUACUUGAUACCGUAAUGAAUCAAUUUUCGUGACAACGUUUGAUGUCCAGCCGUAAGCCCAAUUUAUUCGCUGCGUUUGAUCAAGGCCGUGAAACGCAAUUCGUGAAAGUACAAUGAUCGUGUUAAAAAGUUAAUCGUUGCGGCAAGACAGAUCGCAGUAAGUAUCACGAGCAAUCCCUUCAAUUCCCGCAUGUCGAAAUGAUAAUCACAGACACUGCAGGACCGCUAGAUAUUAAAAUAUAACGAGCAGUGCGCAGGAGAUACACGUUUGCUAUGCGAUGGAUUUAUUUCUAAUACUGUCAUUGUUAUUUAUAGAGCCCUCAGAUGCUUUACGAUCGAAUUGCAAUCAUAGCGAACAAUCAGCUUGCCGCUUGUGAAUUCGUCGAAAAGACUUCCACCGACUAAAAACUACAAUAACAAAGUGCAGCAAGAUGCAACUCGUUUUAUGUAAUUCGAUGGUACAGAAUCUGAGCGAUUGCUAGGAACAAACGUCGAUCGCACGAUCGAACAGUGGACCGUAGAAUUCUCGCUCGCGAGGAGCGCACGAGUUUUCUUCACCGGAACGUUACAUAUCAGCAUCGUUGCCAAUUAUUUCGUGGUUAUCCGUUAAGCUCGCGAGACGUAGUCUACUCACUAGCGGAUUCGAGUGGCCGGAAGUCAGAUUUCGGGCCACUCGUUAUAUACAUAUCAAUGCGUUCCUGUUGAACACAGCGCUGCGAAUAAUCGACAUCCUCCGUUCGUAUUCUCCGUGUACCACGAUCUUCCAGGACGGCAUUAUUUAUCCCUUAUUUAUUAUUCAACGUCCUUUUCACCUUAGAAAUUCGCAGCAAUUUUUUAGAUGGCUGUAACGUCUUAUAUCCACCAGAAAGAAAUUGUCAGAAAGUAGGUCAAUCGACCAUCUUGCUUAAAUAUGUUAUGUCAUGAAUGGUUCUUAUUGAUCAAGACACGUUGAUUAAGGUAUAGAACGGGUCCAUUAAAACGCGAGGAUUAAAAGAAUAAUACGAUACUCUCGUGACAUACAUCUUUUAUCAACUUUUCUGCCAGAAUGUUCCCCGCGCGGUAGUCGCUAACAUCUUGAGAUCGCCCCAAUACUUAACUCGAUUCGCAAAGACCCGACUGCGCGAAAUGAGAUAACGACUGUGCUGAUGACACGUAAUACUCCCAACGAUACUCUCAACAGGAAACCGACACUUGUCAAAGCCGGUAGAGUACAAACGCGGUUAUUCAAACGCCUCGUUGCGCCCGCUUUACGACUCGGUUACUUCGCCGCCGCGACAGUUCACGUGUGCCCUGAAAAUUGCGUCAUCUUGUAGAAGGAAACGUAUGUGACGUACGUGUUCGCGAUGAUCACGAGACACAAACAAUCGUUGGAGCAUGAUAUCCGUCAGUUGUGUUUAAAAUAUUUCUCUUCUCUAAGAAUAUUCCCCGUACGUUCGGGAGAUCGUGGUACACGAGAACACAUUUCGCGCGUUUCGCUUCGAAAAACGUUCGACGAAUAUAUUCAGCGAUGCAUAUCCAGCGACGAACGCGUUUCUCAGCGAAGACGUCCGUGCGGAAGAUCGAUCGAUACAAGAGACAGAGAAGUAGUUCACAGGACGUAGUGCUGAUCACAGUGCUAACGCAGAAAGUAACAUGUGUUUUGCUAUUCGAUACGUAUGAAAAUAAAAUAGAAUUAAGCCUAAGGCAUUAUUGUAAGGCGCAUACGCCGCACAGCGGGAUAUUUGAGGUCACCGGUAUGCGUUACUCGGCGCGUCAAGAUGAGCUUUCGAAAGGGAAUUUCGAAGCUGAACGUUUCAGAGGACAUCCGAAUUUUUGGGAUAACUGCUAAAGUUUCCUGUUACCAAUGUUUUUUUACGUAUCAAAUAUUAGAAUCUUUUUUCUAAUUUACUAAGUCCGUUACUUCAGCAAGCCAGUACGAAUUUAUGUAAACAAAAUAAUUUUUAUUGAAAAUAACAAUGAAAUAUUUUACUUAAAUUUUUACCUCGAAAUAGAAACGGAAGAAUUAUAUUGUAUUACUGUAAGAUUUCACCUGAUUUAAAAAUAAAUGUUAAAAUCUAACGAG